UACACUGAGGUGGCGGCUGCUGUGGGGUGCUCCUGCCCCAAACCCUAUUCUUAUCCCCCCGCCCCGUCUCAGUCCUGAACCCCGGGCCGCCAUGGCCGAGCCGAGGAAAGAGGAGGAGGAAGAGGAUGAGGAAGGGGGCGCCGGGGGACGCCCUGAGGCCGGAAAAGUGGAACCCCCCAAUCCUGUGACUUCUGUGGUGGCCAAGAACCUGGCACUGCUGAAAGCCCGCUCCUUCGAUGUGACCUUUGAGGUGGGAGAUGAAUACGAGAUCAUCGAGACCAUCGGUACAGGAGCCUACGGAGUGGUCUCCUCUGCCCGCAGACGUCUCACUGGCCAGCAAGUAGCCAUCAAGAAGAUCCCCAAUGCUUUUGAUGUAGUAACCAAUGCCAAGCGGACACUCCGGGAGCUGAAGAUCCUUAAACACUUUAAGCAUGACAAUAUCAUUGCCAUCAAGGACAUUCUGAAGCCCACUGUGCCCUAUGGGGAAUUCAAAUCUGUUUAUGUUGUCCUGGACUUGAUGGAGAGUGACCUACACCAGAUCAUCCACUCCUCCCAGCCACUCACCUUGGAGCAUGUACGAUAUUUCUUGUACCAGCUGCUCAGAGGACUUAAGUAUAUGCACUCAGCCCAGGUGAUCCACCGAGACCUCAAGCCCUCCAACCUGCUAGUAAAUGAAAACUGUGAGCUAAAAAUUGGUGACUUUGGCAUGGCCAGGGGUCUUUGCACUUCUCCAGCUGAGCAUCAGUACUUCAUGACAGAAUAUGUUGCCACACGCUGGUAUCGUGCCCCUGAGCUCAUGCUCUCCUUGCACGAGUACACACAGGCCAUUGACUUGUGGUCUGUGGGAUGCAUCUUUGGAGAGAUGCUGGCUCGACGACAGCUCUUUCCAGGCAAGAACUAUGUCCACCAGCUUCAGCUGAUCAUGACAGUAUUGGGGACUCCAUCCCCAUCUGUGAUCCAGGCUGUAGGGGCUGAGCGGGUACGUGCCUACAUCCAGAGCUUGCCUCCACGCCAACCAGUGCCCUGGGAGACAGUGUACCCAGGUGCUGACCGGCAAGCACUGUCCCUUCUGGGCUCCAUGCUGCGUUUUGAGCCUGGUGCUCGGAUCUCAGCAGCAGCUGCCCUACGCCACCCCUUCUUAGCCAAGUACCAUGACCCUGAUGAUGAGCCAGAUUGUGCCCCACCUUUUGACUUUGCCUUUGACCGGGAGGCCUUGACCCGUGAACGAAUAAAAGAGGCCAUUGUGGCCGAGAUUGGUGAUUUCCAUGCCCGACGUGAAGGGAUUCGCCAGCAGAUCCGUUUCCAGCCCUUAUUGCAGCCUGUGGCUGGGGAACAGUGCUGCCCUGAUGUGGAGAUGCCUAGUCCCCGAGGACCCAGUUCAGAUUGUGCCAUGGAGUCACCACCUCCAGCCCUACCUCCCCCUGGACCUGCAUCCAACACCAUUGACUUGACAUCCUCUCAGCCUCCUUUACCCACUGGAGAGCCAGCCCCACCAAAAAAAGAAGGGGCCAUCUCAGACAAUACCAAAGCUGCUCUCAAGGCUGCCUUGCUCAAGUCCUUAAGGAACCGGCUUAAAGAUGGUCCCAGUGCACCCCUGGAAGCCCCGGAGCCACGAAAGCCAGUAACAGCCCAAGAGCGACAGAGGGAGCGGGAAGAAAAAAGGAGACGGCGGCAGGAGCGAGCCAAGGAAAGAGAGAAACGACAGAAGGAGAAAGAACGCAAAGAAAGGGGUGUGGGGGCGGGGGGUGGUCCUUCUGGUGAUCCCCUGGCUGGGCUAGUACUAAGUGACAAUGACCGGAGCUUAUUAGAACGCUGGACUCGAAUGGCCCAGCCUCCAGCUCCACCUCCUGGACCAGCAGCACCUACCCUGCUACCUCCUGCUCUUCCUCCUGCACCCACCCCCCAACUUACUGGACCCUCUCCGCUCCCAGCUACUAUCUCAUCUGGUCUCCAGGCCCCAGUUACACCCCUCCCAGUCCCCCAACCAUUAGUCCCACCUCCUAGCCUUCCUGGUCCUACACCUGCAGGAACCAUGCCUUACUUUCCGCCUGGCCCACCCCCAUCAGAUCUAGGGGGAUCCCAUCAGGCUCCCACUUCAGAGUCACCUGAUGUGAACCUCGUGACCCAACAGCUAUCUAAGUCACAGGUGGAUGAUCUGCUGCCUCCUGUUUUCUCGGGAACCCCAAAGGGCAGUGGGGCUGGCUAUGGAGUUGGCUUUGAUUUGGAGGAGUUCCUUAAUCAAUCUUUUGAUAUGGGUGUGGCUGAUGGUUCCCAGGACAGCCAAACAGACUCAGCACCUCUGUCAGCCUCUCUGCUUACUGAUUGGCUAGAAGGGCAUGGAAUGAACCCAGCUGACAUUGAGUCUCUACAACGUGAAAUUCAGAUGGACUCUCCUAUGCUUCUGGCUGACCUCUCUGACCUUCAGGAGCCCUGAGGACCAGGCU